CACCGCAAAAUAAAGCCAAAAAUAUUUAAGAAAAUCGACGACACUUCUAAACUUAAUACUAUACAAACUCGAAAAAUUAUUACUAUAGUACGAAAGGACUUUCCUAAAUCCGUAUAUACGAAAACCAAUAUAUAUAAUAUAUGUAUAUAUAUACGGCGCCGCAAUUUCGAUAGCUAUACCCCUACUAAUACCUUAUUUAAAUUAUUUAAUAAUAAUAAUAUUAAAUAUAUUAAAAAAUAA